GGCUGACCAGAUUGGGAGUGCCCAUGAUGUCCUGAAUGCGGAGCCCGCAGAGGAGACUGUGUCCUGUUAGCUCCUCCUAAUUCCCCUAUCCCUUUAGUUUGGGUUUGUUUUUAUUUAUUUUGUGGCUGGGUCUGGGCACGGCCUUGGCCGGAUGUGACACUGCUGCAAUGUGGCUCCUUUGGCUCAAGCAUCAUUUGUCCGUCAACAUUUGGACCCUGCUGCUCUUGGGGAGCACCUGGCUACCGCUGGCGGGAGGCAGCCCCAAGUCUCCCUUUAGGACUUUCCCAGUUACAGACUGGAGCUUGACGCACUUGGUGGUCCAUAACAUAACUGGGGAGGUCUAUGUGGGGGCCGUCAAUCGGAUCUACAAGCUCUCCAAUAACCUGACGCUCCUGCGGACCCACGUGACGGGGCCCGUGGAGGACAACGAGAAGUGUUACCCUCCGCCCAGUGUUCAGUCCUGCCCGCAUGGUCUGGUCACCACCAACAACGUGAACAAGCUGCUGCUGGUGGACUACUCCGGGAACCGGCUCAUCGCCUGCGGCAGCGCCUCCCAGGGCAUCUGCCAGUUCCUGCGGCUGGACGACCUCUUCAAGCUGGGUGAGCCCCACCACCGCAAGGAGCACUACCUCUCCAGUGUCAACGAGUCAGGCACCAUGUCCGGGGUCAUCAUCGAGGUACUGAAUGGGCAGAACAAGCUCUUCAUUGGGACGCCCAUCGAUGGGAAGUCGGAGUACUUCCCCACGCUCUCUAGCCGCAAGCUGAUGGCCAACGAGGAGAACGCAGAGAUGUUUGGCUUUGUCUACCAGGAUGAGUUUGUCUCGUCCCAGCUCAAGAUCCCCUCGGACACGCUCUCCAAGUUUCCCACCUUUGAUAUCUACUACAUCUACAGUUUCAGCAGCGAGCAGUUUGUUUAUUACCUGACCUUGCAGCUGGAUACCCAGCUCACCUCGCCCGACUCCACCGGGGAGCAGUUUUUCACCUCCAAGAUCGUUCGCCUCUGUGUGGAUGACCCUAAGUUCUACUCGUACGUGGAGUUCCCCAUCGGCUGCGUGCAGGAUGGCAUCGAAUACCGCCUGAUCCAGGACGCCUACCUGACCAAGCCUGGCAAGACUUUGGCCAGGCACCUGGGCAUCUCGGAGCAGGAGGAUAUCCUCUUCACCAUCUUCUCCCAGGGCCAGAAAAACAGGGUUAAGCCUCCCAAGGAGUCUGUGCUCUGCCUCUUCACGUUGAAGAAGAUCAAGGAUAAGAUCAAGGAGCGUAUCCAGUCAUGCUACAGAGGGGAAGGGAAACUCUCACUGCCCUGGCUCUUGAAUAAGGAAUUGGGCUGUAUCAACUCGCCGCUGCAGAUCGACGACAAUUUCUGCGGCCAGGAUUUUAACCAGCCGCUGGGCGGGACGGUCACCAUCGAGGGGACUCCGCUCUUUGUGGAUAAGGAGGAUGGCAUGACCUCGGUGGCAGCCUACGAUUACAGAGGACAAACCGUCGUCUUUGCAGGCACGCGGAGCGGGAAGAUCAAAAAGAUCCUCGUGGACUUGUCGGCUGACAGGAAGCACCAAGCGCUGCAGUACGAGAACGUCGUGGCCCACGAAGGCAGCUCCAUCCUGCGAGACCUGGUGCUGAGCCCUGACCGCCAGCACAUCUACGCCAUGACGGAGAAGCAGGUGACGCGCGUGCCCGUGGAGAGCUGCGAGCAGUACGAGAGCUGCGAGCUGUGCCUGGGCUCGCGGGACCCGCACUGCGGCUGGUGCGUCCUGCACAACGUGUGCUCGCGCAAGGACCGCUGCGAGCGGGCGGACGAGCCGCAGCGCUUCGCCUCCGACCUGCGCCAGUGCGUCCAGCUCACCGUGCAGCCCAAGAACAUAUCGGUCACCAUGUCCGAGGUCCCGCUGGUUCUCGAGGCCUGGAACGUCCCAGACCUCUCGGCCGGAGUGAACUGCUCCUUCGAGGACUUCACCGAGUCCGAGAGUCGCAUCAAAGAUGGGAAGAUCUACUGCAGCUCCCCCUCUGCCAAGGACGUCAUCCCCAUCACCAGGGGCCGCGGGGACAAGCGUGUGGUGAAACUCUAUCUGAAAUCAAAGGAGACGGGGAAGAAGUUUGCCUCGGUAGAUUUUGUUUUCUACAACUGCAGCGUCCAUCAGUCGUAAGUGC